AUAUUCUUGUUGAAAACCGGACGAGUCCUGACGUAGGGAAUGUUCUCGCAAACAGGGAAUACCUUCGGAGGCAGUCACAACAGCUUUCAUUCCUUCGCAUUAGCUUCAAGAGUGGUAAUUACAAAGCCAUCUUGAUUCUACCUCAUCGCAAGCUGCCAUUUGUGAUAACAGUGUAACGUCUUAACGAUGAUACAUCUCCACAAUGGUCAACUCCCACUGGUAUAUGGCCUUAGGCUUGAUGACUGGCUUGAUGACAACGGUGAUAAUGCUUGACGCGUUCGCGUCACGUCAUACAAAACUACAGAGGGAAACACGGAGGAAAUUCCCAAUAAGGACUCCUGGACAAACAUUCAGAAAUUCAGGGAUCAGACUCCUGUGCUGGAUCCUCACCCAACCCUGCAAUUUUGCCAACAAGACACGAUCAGUCAAAGAGACAUGGACGAAGAGAUGCGACAUUACCUUAUUCUUCAGCUCAGAAGCCAACAGUGAAAUACCCACCAUUAAGCUGGAUGUUCCUGAAGGACGUGACUACCUGGCUGAUAAGUCGUUCGCAGUAUUAAAGUACUUGUUCAAACAUUAUCACGAUAAAGCGGACUGGUUCUACAAGGCAGAUGAUGAUACUUAUGUCAUAGUAGAAAAUCUACGUCACUUCCUAGGAAUGCAAAACACAAAUGGACUUUAUUAUUAUGGUGAGGUGUUUGACAGAAAGGAGCUUGGGGUUUACAACAGUGGAGGUGCUGGUUAUGCCCUCGGAAAAGAGGGUUUAAAAAGGAUCGCUUUAUUCAGCGACAAUGUGGAUGCUUGUCAUCAAGCGGAAAGUGAAGAUGUAAGGGUGGGCGUGUGUCUCAAAGCACUAGGAAUUGAUGUUGGAGAGGCAACAGACAGUUUUGGAAGGCCUAUAUUCAACUGGAACAAACCUGUGUCUAUAAUCCAGGGGGAUUGGCCGGAUUGGGUGAUAGGGAUUGCCUAUGUACAGUCGGGUGUGGAUGCUGUUUGUCCCGUGGCCGCAUCAUUUCACUAUGUGGGUCCAACUGCAAUGCGAAUCAUGGACUUCUUCUUGUAUAACCUGACAAUUCAUGACUAUGACAAACCUCACAAAAGCAAUCUAUUCUAAAGCUUCAUAUCACGAUCAACUGAUGAGGAACAGAGAGCUUCAAUCAAUAUUGGUUCCUAGCCGAGGGACAUGCCAAAAGAACAGCACCAGGAGAUCAGAACGUCCUCAACGAUUAAUCUACCUCAGUGUUAACGUAGGUAGAAGAAACGAGAUUUUCAGAAGAAUAUGUUGAAACCUUCACUGAGACUACUUUAAAACAGUCAACGAAAUCAACCACGAAUACAAACAACACCUGUGGAUCAGAAAGUCCUGUGGUAUCAAAACAGUUUGACAGAUACAGUUCCUAAUUGUCGUUUGUCACUUCACUUGGUGACAGAGAUUCCUGGAUAUGUUGUAAUGCUGUAUGCGUUAACAGUACCGAACAUAUUUAUAUAUAUGUAACAAGACACAAUAUCAAUGGCGAUGGAAUAUCGCUUAAAUAUUAGUUUCGACAGUUUGCCAUUGUCAAAACUUGCCAUCGAUAUUUUAAAUUAAAUCAAACGCUUGAUUACUUCUACCUUGAUGUAUGAAGGGACUAUUAUCCUUGGUUUAUCAGUAUUAACUGGGAGGUACUUUAAAGUAUAAAUAUAUGUCUACGACUUGCAA